GGCAGCAUACUAUAUAAGCAGAGUUUCAAGGGACAGAGAGCUGGCAGCGACCUGAAAUUUUGUCUCUGUAUAGAUUGUCAUCUCAACCCAGCACUGGACCAACAAUAACUAACCAUGGAUGAUAUUUACAAGGCAGCAGUUGAGCAGUUGACAGAAGAACAGAAAAAUGAAUUCAAGGCUGCUUUUGAUAUCUUUGUCCUGGGUGCAGAGGAUGGGUGUAUCAGCACAAAGGAGCUGGGAAAGGUGAUGAGAAUGCUUGGGCAGAACCCUACACCUGAGGAGCUGCAGGAGAUGAUUGAUGAAGUAGACGAAGAUGGCAGUGGCACUGUAGAUUUUGAUGAGUUCUUAGUUAUGAUGGUCAGGUGUAUGAAAGAUGACAGCAAAGGAAAAUCAGAAGAAGAACUUUCCGAUCUCUUCAGAAUGUUUGAUAAAAAUGCAGAUGGAUACAUAGACCUGGACGAACUAAAGCUCAUGUUGCAGGCUACAGGAGAAACUAUUACAGAAGAUGAUAUUGAGGAACUGAUGAAGGAUGGAGACAAAAAUAAUGACGGCAAGAUUGAUUAUGAUGAAUUUCUGGAGUUUAUGAAAGGUGUUGAGUAAACCUGAGAUCUCUGAAAAAGCAGCCUCGUCUUUUGGAGACCUCCAGUUUUGUCUUGUGCCAAUUUCAUCAGUUCUAUUUUCCUUACCGCUUGCAUGAAGUCAUGUACUGAACAUGGUGAACAUCAGAAAAGCAUGGCCCAUCUCUUAAAUGCUUCAAAAAGCCUUCCUAUUGAUACUCAUUGAGUCAGGUUAUUGCAAUCCUUUUGUGUGUUAUUGGUUUCAGUGUUUGUUAUUGGUUUCAGUGGUUACAAUGUGUCCCUCAAAGUAUGGGUUGUACAGGUUACAAUGAAAAAUGAGGCCUGAAUGAUUACUGAAUUCUUAAAUAACUCAACACAAAUUCUGAUUUAUCAGUGGAGAAUACCAUUUCUUCCUUCCUGUACCUCAUCCUCUGCCAAUGUCAAGUGGUAUAUAAAAAUACAGUGUGUACAAAAAUAAGAUUUCUUUUUGAAAUACUAAUAAAAUUAUUUUAAAACCAAA